AUGACUGAAACAAAUAAAGAUAAACAAUCAACUGUAAAUGAAAAUAUAAACUGGAAUACAGUCGAAGACUUCGAAGACAUGUUCGAUAUUGUCGAUGAUGAUAACGAUACACUUGAAUAUACAGAGGAUGAAUUAAAUAAAUAUUACUUGUCUGGUCAUCUGAAUUCAAUGACACAUGAAGAUGAAAUGAUCGAUGAUGACAGUUAUGAUAAUGACUUAAAUGUCAUUGAAGGAAUACAAUCGGAAGCUGUUCUAUCACAAAAAUUUAGUCAAUUGUCAACAACGACUGAAGAUGAACAGAAAUCUAGUGUAACUCAUAAAAAACGACGAUCAAGUACUACUAUAGCUAGUCCAGAUGUUAGCUCAAAGAAAACGAAAAUUAUUGAUGAUGAUGAUGUGAUCGAUGAACCUAUUGCUAUUACUGCAAUGAGUAGUACUGAAACAAAAGAAAUACCGAUCUAUUUAUCGAUAGAUAACAAAUCAUUUAUUCGUAUGGCGCAAACUAUAACAAAAACAGCUAGUUCUAUUAAUAUAAAUAAUAUACAGCAACUAGCUCUAUUCAUGCAUCGAGCAGUUAAUGUGCGAAUAGAUAGAGAAAUUAUGAAAGCUUAUCUACAUUCCGUAAUGGGUACAUUAAAACAAUCUGAAUCUCAUCUCAUCGAAGUUGACCGACGUGUAUGGCCUAUCUAUGUUCAAUCACUUAUGUUAACACAACAUAAAGCAACAACAACUACGGCUUGUGCUAGUGUUACAGAAGAUCAGCAGGCUGAUUGUGAAAAACAUUUACAUCAACGUUUAAUAGAAAUGAAUGAAAAAAUUCAAUAUCAUAUAAAGCAAUUUAACGAAAAGAAAAACAAUUUAAUCGACUUUACAUCGAAUAUCGAACAAACUAUUCAAAGUUUUGUUCAAAAGCAUGGUGUGAAACCACUUGAAAUGAAACGGAAUUUGAAAAUAGUAAUGAUCAACUACGACUAUGAUUCAGAAAUAUUGAGACGUCAAUGCCUACAAGAAAAACCAAAUGAAUAUCAAAUUCAAGUUAUGAAACAUCUUUCUGAAAAAAAACAUGAACUAGAAAAGUCGAAACGAGAACUAUUAGAAUUGAAAUAUCGAGUCUUCUAUAAUAAACCACAUUCUUCGUUAGAUGCCAUUGAAACAACUAUGCCAAUAUUGAAUGAUAACGAUAGAAAACUAAUACUGUUGAAUAAAUAUGAAAAAUUAAUUCAACUAAAGAAACUUGAUUUUAUGGCUAUUAAAAUAAUAGGAGCCGAAAUGAAAUUCUAUCAAUGUCUUCGAGUGUUCGAUCACGAACUAGCUGCUAUGUGGAAAAACCAUCGUGAGCUUGUAAAAAACAAAGGAAUGCCUACAACAUUAACGAACCUUAUUGAAAAGCGUUUGACCAAUAUUGCUGAUCGAUGGAGAGAUGUCUACAAUUACAGACUGAAUUGUUAUUUCCGAAACUUCUAUGGUGAUGUCGAACCCACCGAUAUGAAUACAGAUGGUGACAAGAUGAAACGAAUUGGAUUUUCAUCAUCUUUAAUUAUUGAUGCUAUACAUCAAUUAUCCGAUAAAGAAUUACAAUUACUGAAUAGAGGACCUAGUUAUGUUCCACCUGGUCAAAUAUCAAUAUCAUCUUCGGGUCAAUCUAUUGAUGAUAUUGUUAAAAAGAAAUAUGCGCCAUUAAAGCAUCAGCUCAGUUAUUUAUUUUCAAAAUAUCAUAUUAAUAUUGCAUUAUCGAUGGAAAUUGAACAGAAGAUAAGUGAUCAAUUUACAGAUCUUUUUUCUGUACCAAUAUCAUCGAAUCUUCAACAGCGUGCUCUCUAUGAAAAACAUCUUCUUCAAUCGAUUCGGUAUUCUUUAAACGAGAACAAUCUCAUCCUACGACGAACUGCUGAUAAUAUGAAUACGUUCUAUUUGGGAAAUCUACAAGAUUUUGAAACAAAAGCGUAUGAUUAUGUAUCAAAAUCAGAUGCUUAUAAGAUGCUAUUGAAUAAAGAUAAAGACAAUGACGGUCAAGAAUGGCAAGUUCAAUUGAAAGAAAUGAUUGAAUCUAUUAAUUUAUUAUUGGAAUCAUUGAAAAACCAUAAAGCAAUAAAUAUCGAUCUGUUUAAUCGAUUAUUAGUUGAUGCAAGAAAAGUGAAAUUACCAUAUUUGUAUUUCUUGCCGGAUAUUUCUAAAGAAAAUGAAAUUUCAUUAGUACCCUAUAUUACAUCGAAACAUAGUGCCACAUGGAGAAUCGGUAAAUAUCUAAAUGAAUUACUACGACCAUUUGUCGAUAAGAACCUAUCAACAACAACAUUUCGUGAUGAACCUGAUUUCAUGCGAAAAUUAAACGAUUAUGUGUAUGUAGAACGUCAUCUUCGAGCAACUACUUUAUUUUGUACCAUCAAAAUUAUUAAUUAUUAUACAUUAGAUAUACAUAAAAAUAUGAUUGAUACAGUUGAUGAUUCUGCAACUGAACCAGAGGGUGUAGAUCAACUACAUCAGUCACCAAAAGAAUCAUCUCGAAUGGUAAAUAGUACUCCAACGAAAAUACCAACGCCAGAUAAAAUUCAGACUGAAGUUCAUAGCCAAGAUGUUCAAGCGAAUAGUGAAAUUCCAUCUUUAUUCAAUUUUUUGAACUGUUAUGUAAGCCUUACACAACAUCAGGAAGAUAAAGAUAUUAAUAUUCCUAUUAUAAAUUCUGAAGAAGAUCUUAAACUCGAGUCACAACAACCACAAAAAGAACAUGAAAAUCUACAUCUUCACAAACAGCAAAUGUGA